AUGGCACAGGUCAAGGCGGACCCAGACGCACCGUACAUCAAGCCGGAUCCUGACAACAAGGAUACGAUUCUGGCAGACCUGGACGAUGAGGACAUUUAUGAAGAUGCGGGCGACCUAGACUUCUCUCUAUCAGGACAGAAUGUCUGGCUGUCGCGUCUGCCCCGGCAGCUGUGGGAGCAUUGGGCACACUUGGACGAUGACGAAGAAGUCGAGAUUGGGACGGUUCGGAUAGAAGGGGAGCCCGGCGACCUCAAGCGGGUCAGCUUGCGCUUGCACGACCGCCCCGAUAACCGCGACAUUCCCAAAGACUACACGCUCCAGCAGCAAACCAUCACCGCUGAAAAUAAAUCACACUUGACUUCAAAUACAUAUGUAUUCACCGAGAAGGAUAUCCCAGGAGCCGAUACCAACAACGCGGCGGUGUUUGGAGAGGCACGAUCAGCUCUGUAUGAGGCCAUGAAGCGCGAAGCCCGACGGCGGGAACGCAACAAGAAAUGGGAGCCUUAUGUGCGGAAGACCGUUCCGAAACAUACGGCACUAGUUGGCCGGGCUAGCGAGGAGUUUAACUGUCUUCCGGUGGAAAAUGAAGAAUUCCGAUUGAUCUCUGAGAAGCGAGCGCUCGAGGCGCUGAAACCAAAACGGGAGACGGUCUUUAUUGACAAAAUACCGGGCAAGCUUCUACAGUCGCGCCAUGCUCUGCCUCUGGAAAGGGGCACGUUUGUGCAACAAGCAGGACGGCCAUCCAAGGCCAAGGCCCAGGAAAACAAGUCCACAAGAAUGCCACAAAACGAGUUGCUGGAUCAUAUUUUCGAGUGCUUCCGCAACUACCGGUAUUGGCCCUUUAAAACGCUCAAGGCCCGGCUGCGGCAGCCUGAGGCCUAUCUCAAACAGACCUUGGAGAUGGUUGCGCAUCUGGUCAAGUCUGGUGACUUUGCCAUGACGUGGGAACUGAAGCCGGAGGCGAAAGAGAGCAGUUAUGCUGCGAACUCAGCAUCCUACGUGAAUGCCAAAGAAGAGCUGCCGCCUGGUCUAGAUGAGCAGUUCGACUCGGAAGAUGAUCCUACGGCUUCGGGUGUGGGGACGGACCAUGACGAUGUGAAAUUCGAAGAUAUCGCCUGA